AUGAACGAGGUUGUCGAAACGUUCUGCGACCACCUUCAGGAGCGCUUUGUCAACCCUGGAAUACUAUGCGACUUUGGGGACUGGCUGGCAUACUUUGCCUGGGAUCUUCUAGGAACCGUAACAUUCAGCAAGAAGUUCGGUUACAUGGAGGAGGGUCGCGACUUCGACGGUACUCUUGCGAUCGCUGACCAGUCGAUUGAUUAUCUUGGGAUCUGUGGUCAGAUGCCCUGGCUCGAUCAUUGGCUCGACAAGAAUCCCAUCUACGCAUUGGGGCCGCCCAACAUUUCUAACGUGACAAGAAUCGCCAUGGAGGCUUUGACGGCCCGGCUCGCAGGAGAGAAUGCAGCGUGCACCAAUGAAAACCCGGACUUUCUCCAAUACUUCAUCGAAUCCAAGACAUCACAUCCUGAGAUUGUAGACGAAUCUACAAUCAUUGGGUAUCUCCUGCUGAACCUGAUCGCCGGAGCCGACACGACAGCUAUUACCAUGAAGGCAUUGUUCUACUACUGCCUCAAAGACCCGCGUGUAUGGAAGCGGCUAGAGUCCGAAGUCCGGGAGCAUGUCUCUCCAAACACAGCGUGCUCCCAUGCAACGGCCCGCGCCCUCCCUUACCUCGAGGCUACAAUUCGCGAGACACUCCGCUAUCAUCCUGCCGUUUCAAUGGGUCUGGAGAGAAUUGUUCCUGAGGGCGGUCUGACCCUUCCAGACGGCACCGUCGUUCCAGCAGGAACCUUUGUCGGCAUGAAUCCAUACAUUGUGGGACGCAACAAGGGAAUGUUUGGUGCCGACGCUGAUGAAUUCCGCCCAGAUCGAUGGCUUCAGGGCGAAAACGAGAGCGGAGAGGCUUACAAGGAAAGGAUGCAACUCUGGAACGCGGCGAACUUGGCCUUCGGUGGGGGCUCACGUAUCUGCCUGGGACGACAUCUCAGCCUCAUGGAGGUGUACAAAGUCGUGCCCUCUGUCAUUUCGAGGUUUGAUGUUGAGCUUGCUGAUCCGAAUGAGAAGUGGUGGACGUGCUCAAGGUGGUUCUACCGCACCAAAGGCAUCGUGUGUAAGCUCAAGGCAAGGAGGAAACAGCAGGGCGAGUGA